AAUCAUGACGAAAGAGCUAAUAGACGUCAAGGAACUUAGGAAGCCAUUUAAAGACUGAAGUCUUAGUACAUCAGAACUUUAAUACCUCACAAGACGGAGCAGUAUAGAAAGAACUUGAGCCAUCCACGAUGUUUUACCAAGAUCCUUUCUUGUUUUAUCAACAAUCACCUCACUAUGUGCCUCACAGCAAUGUGGUUGUACCACAACCCAAGUACAACACCCCACACAUGAUGAGUGAGAAUAUAUGUGGUUCUUCUACAUCGCAGUCCUAUUCAUGGGUGCCUAAACAAGGCAAUCAUUAUCAAGACGUGUGCCCAAGAAAGCCUUCUCCUCACAGCUCGUUUGAUUGUGGAAUGCCACCUUUUCUGUCUCAUAACUCUUUACCGAAACCAGGACAAGCCCAAACAAGUGAUCCAAGAAACGAUGUCCUACACAGCCUACCGGUCUAUUUUCGCGUCAAACCAAGUCUUCGUACUCCCAGUGGAAGAAAAUGCCGAAAAUCCCGCACAGUCUUCACAGACCUGCAGCUUCGAGUUCUCGAGAAAACCUUCUCUGAGCAGAAAUACUUGGAUUCGACCAGCCGUGCCAAACUAGCUCAAAUCUUAGGUCUCAAUGAAGCACAAGUCAAAACAUGGUUUCAAAACCGGCGAAUGAAAUGGAAAAAGAAGGACUCAAAACCUGGAGAUAAAGAAAAACCAGAUAGUUCUACCAAUACUUCCAAGGACAAAACCAACAGUGCUUUAGCUAGCGCGACAAAACGCAAUGAUACAAAACCAGAAGAAGCGAAACAACAAAUCCCGCCAACACGAGACGAAAAAAUGAUGAACAUGACUCCACAAAUCACUGAAACUACUACAAAACCAAUGUAAUAAAUAUAUCCACUUACAUCAAAGACAAAAGAUGAGAAUCAUAUACGUUCAAUUUUAAGUUUACAAAUUAAAGAAAUAGUGAAAAUAGUUAUUUUAAUUGGAGAGAGCCAUAUUAGAAAACCAUUUAACAUUAAUUACUAGAAAACGAAGGUAUUUUAAAAAGCUUAUGGAAAAACAACUUAUAUAUUUAGGAAAUCGAUGAAACUGUGAUUAGCAAAGAGUUUAGCGCUUCAUGCCUAGAAUGAACCAGUCUUACCAAACCAUUAAAGCGUUUGAUCGGCAAUUUUCAACAAUUAUGGCAAA